AUGAAUUUGGUUCUCUUUUCUUCCCUCUCUUCCCAUCGAUCAAUCCAUUGUCGUCUUACCCCAACUUCAGGUUUGAAUCCACGUAUCAAAUCAGCGACAUUGGAUUCUAGUUCCACGACAAUCAUCGACGAUCCGGCAUCGCCUUCCGCUUCAGAAGAAGAAAGUCCAGCGAAGAUUGGCACUAGGGUUAGGGUAAAGGUGUCGUUGAUGUCCCUCUUCAUAUUCAGGUGUAAUUUAAUGCUUGAUGUUUCGAAUAAGGAUAACCGUAAAGCAUCGAACAAAACUGUUGUUCUUAUACUGGGAAAGUUACAUUCAAAGUUGAACUUGGUAUCACUACUUCUCGUUACACAAGCUCGCGAGUUAUUUGAUUCAAAUAGAAGAAUGAGGUUGCGACCGACUCAAGAAAAUUGUUGCGACAGUGAAGAAUUUUAUAACUUUUUGUCUAUUGAAGUGGUGUAA